AGCCGCGCGGGCUCGAGGGCCCCGAGCGACGACCAAUUCGCUCCUCGCGCGGGCGGCCCCGCCGCCCCGCCGACCGAGGCCGCGCCCCAUGUCGUGCGCGGCCGCGGCCCCCGAGCAGGCGCCCCCCGAGGCAGGCGCCGGGCGCGGCGAGGCCGACGAGGUGUUCUUCGUGGCGCUGUCGUACAGGGGCGCCUCCUACGAGGUGCCCGUCCAGUCGGAGGAGGCGGUGGCCUCCAUCUUCGACUUUGUGCAGGAGGCCCUGGACUUCCCGAGGGAGAACUGCAAGCUCAUCCACCGGGGCAAGGUGCUCAGGCCGGACCACGACGACCUCACGGUCGGAGAAGCCGGCCUGACGGCAGGGGCCAAGCUCAUGCUGGUCGCGAGCUCCGCCCACGACGUCGCUUUCGUGCAGAAGUCGCGGGCCGACCCGCUGGUGAAGGGAUUCACCGAGGAGGAGCGCGACGAGGCCAGCCGCCGCAAGCGAAUGCGGGCCGGAAACGGGACCGCUUGGGGCACGAAGCAGGACCCGGAGUUUUGCUUUGGCUCUAUCAAGGCCGAGUUCAAGUACAAUACGCCAUCCCCCUUCGAGGCGGAGAGGUUGUUGCAGAAGUUGGCCACCGACCCGGGCAUCAUCGACAUCAUGAAGUCACGAAGCUUCAAAGUUGGCGUUUUGACAGAGAUGAGCCCUCAAGAGGCUGCGGACCGGAUGUCCAAGCGCGGGACACCUGGUAUGGAUCUGUUGGGCUACAACAUGGGAGCAGGAGGUAUGAUCGUGCUCAAGCUGCGGACAGACAACACGAAAGGUUUUCGACCGUACCAUGACCUCAUCAACACGCUCAUUCACGAGUUGACUCACAACGUUUGGGGCCCGCACGACAAUAACUUCUGGAAGCUGUACGGCGAACUCAAGGCUCAGUACAUGCGCUUCCACCGCUUCUGGAGCCACGGCGGACGCGCGGCUGGCAGCGACUCUAACGAGCAGUUCGCAGGCUUCAGCGGUGAUGGUGACGAAGGCGAUGCCAGCGGCAGCUCGGGCUUCGGCCACGUCCUCGGAGGUGGCGAGGCGCCAGCCCACGCCCUGGGCGGCGGGUUGCCCGAGAGCGCCGCCGAGAGGCGCGCGCAGGCCCUGAGAGCCCUCGAGCAGCGCACCCUGCAGCAAGAGCAGGCCGCGCUCGUGGAGGAGGCCAAGAUGGUGGGCGAGGCACCAGCGCCCAACUUCCUGGCCGGCGACGGCACCUGGAAGAUGAUGUGCCCCUGCGGCCAGGUGCACGACGGCCCGCCCUGCAUGGCGGCGGCGCCCAGCGCGGACCCCGCCGCCCAGGCGGUCGCGGAGGCGCAGGGCGACGGCGUGCCCUCGCCGCGCGAGGCGACGGGCGAGGCGCCCGCGGAGGCGGCCCCGAGCGGCGCCGCCGCCGCCGAGGCGCCUCUGCCCGGCCCCGGGCCGCCUGCCCCCGCAGAGGCGGACGCCGGCGCGGAGCUGGGCCAGCAGGCGCGAGCGCCCAGCCGGGGCCCUCCGACGGAGGGCGCCAGCGGCGGCGGCGUCGAUCGCCACUGCGGCCGCGGCAGUGGCGGCGACAGCGGCUGUCGCAGCGACGACGGCCGCGACCGCGGCGGCGGCGGCGGCACAGCCCAGCAGGCCUGGGCGCCACCCGCCGAGGCCCCGGGGCAGCUGGCGCCGGACGUCCCUGGGCUGGAUCGCGCGGAGCUGGAGGCGAGCGGCCUGGACGGCGCCUCGGUGUGGAUCGAGCGCUUCAGCGGCCAGCUGCGCGCCUUCCUCGCGCCCCCCUCAGGCCCGGCGGGGCUGCGGCCCGAGGCUCGGGCCGCCGUGGAGAUGCUCCUGCGUCUGGUCCGCAACAUCGUGGGCAGCCCUGGCGAGGCGAAGUUCAGAAAGAUCCGGGCAGGGAACCCUCGGAUCCGGGCCUGCCUGCUUGGGGCCGGGGCGGAGGUCGAGAGCCUGAUGACCAUGUUGGGCUUCGAGCAUACCACCGAGGCUGGCGAGCAGGUCUACGUCAUCAGGGAUAAGACUUUCGAUUGCGCCAGGCUGCGCCUUGGACAGGAGCUGCUGGAGAUGGAACUUGGACCGAGUGGUGCGCAGCGCUUCGCGAGUUCACGGCCAGGUAGACGAUCCUCUGCUCCUCCUGCUCUUCACCAUUAUGAGAACAAAGACAGCGACACACACACACACACAUCAAUUUUCGGAGGUCCGCGCGGAGUUAUUGGACCGGCGAUGGACCCUGCUCCCUGGCGCUCGGAGCGCGCCGUCGGAGGGCCCAACGCAGGCCCAAGAAGUUGUGGACCUUCGACGGCUUAUGUGUUUGUGGCUUGUUCUUCUGCAGCUCCGCUUCCUCCUCAUCAUAUCGUCCUCCGUCCCUCCCGCCUCCCUGCAAACAGGAACGCCUUGUCGCAUCUCCAGGCCCGUGGGCGGCGCGGGUCGGGGGGUUCGCCCGAGGCCCUCUGACAGCAUGAGUUCUGACCAAGAAGGCGGUCUCCAAACACGGCCUCGCGAGGGCGCUGGGAGAUCCGCACAUCCCAAUGGCGCGAUGAGCUAAGUUGGGUGACCUAGAUGAGCUUGAGUGCGGCCCCGAUGCUUGCACAGAUUCAGAGGAGGAAGAGGUACCCAUACCUCUGCCCCUCCCUGGUUUUUCCCCAUUUCUGGGCCCCCUGGGACGUCCUCGUCGCCCUCGCCAGAUUCGCCUCGAAAUGCGAGUCAGAACACACCCUGGGAGAGGUCCGGGGAGUAGCGGUAUUGGUACCUUUUGGCUUCCCCACAGAGGGGGCAGGCGGCUUACAACGUCGACCUCUCGUCCGAGGCUUGCCCGCCAGCUACGGGCCUUGAGCUUGGGAGCCCUGACAGGUUUU